CUGUCACUGCAUCUAUGCGCAGAGCAGGUCAUGGGAUCGAGCAUGGGUUUGUGGCCUUCGUAUAUAUUAUCUAUUUUUAGGCCGUAAAUUUUUUAUAAGUUCUCAUUAAUGUAGUGGUUAUGACUCGUCGUGAGAUAGAUGAAGGAAGGUUAGAGUACCAUGUUGACAAAUCUUUUUAUUAUUUCUAUCAGUGGCCCAUUUAUCUUUUCUUCGGCUUAUGAGUUGUGACCUUCAUUUUGUUAGGACGACUCUGUCUAUGCAUAUAUGUUUGAGUCAAUGAUCAACGUUUGGAAUCUUGAGAGCUUAACUCCCAUAAUCUAGGGUGGAAGACGGUGUUACCUUCAGUUUCAAGAACUUCUUGAGAGUUAACCUGUGGAGUUGUAAUUCACUAAUUUGUAUAUUUUGUAGCGGUAUUCACCGGGGAAAAUAUAUUUACAAUAGUUAUAUGAAUAUAACGGUCCAUUCAUGAUAAAAAAAAAAACAAAAAUGUACAUCAUUAGUUGCAGUGUCUCGAUCAUAUGUUUUCCCAAAGACUAUUUACCACAUAAACCACCUUUUAACUAGCUUAGAUUGUAGGUUGAGUAAGCCUGAAGCAUGUCUUUUCAAUACUUUUUUUUUGUUUUUAAAACUUCCUUUAUAAUGAAUCGUGCAUUUGUAAUUAGUUUAAUUAAAUAAAUUUUUGUUGGCAAAGAAAGAGUCAUAUAUGUCACCAAACCAAAGUCUAGCAAAUAAUGAUUGGGCACUAUAUGUAUAUAGAGCUGAUUCGCCUGAGUGAUGUUCGGACAGGAAGUUCCACCUGCUUUUUGGUUUAGUCCAUAUAUUUAAUCAUUGUGAAGCGGUGACGAAAACUGAUCCCUUAUGAUCUGACAAACUAAUUAGGAGUUAUCGUAAGAAAAGAAAAAAAAAGUUAUCCUAAGAGAGUCGACUAAAUUAACUCCAAUUAAACACCCCCUAUCUAGCUAUAUAUAUAUAUGCAUGUCACAAGAAGUUAUCAUAAAAUAGUAAUUCCCUUAUAUUUAACAAAUAGUAUAAAACAAUAUGAGCAGACUUCUUGGUUGCCUUGUCCUCAUAUUCUUCUCUAUGGUCGCACCUGCCUCAUCCGCCACUCUUACGGUGAACUGGUCCCUUGGCACCGACUACACUCCGCUCGCCACUGGAAAGUCCUUCGCUGUCGGCGAUACCAUCGUGUUCAACUACGGUGCGGGUCACACGGUGGAUGAAGUGAGCGAGAAUGACUACAAGAGUUGCACUUUAGGGAACUCCAUUACGUCCGACAGCAGCGGAACCACGACCAUAGCUCUCACGACCACUGGUCCUCGCUACUUCAUAUGUGGAAUCCCCGGCCAUUGCGCCGCCGGUAUGAAGCUGGCAGUCACCGUCGCGUCGGCCUCUUCAAACGUUGUAGGUGGUGGCACCACCACACCAACCCCUUUCACCGGAGGUAGUGGUUACAACCCCACGACCACACAGGCCAUUCCUUGUGGGGCUUGGACCGUGUCUUGUCCAUUAGGGGCUUUGGUUGCUACUUGGGCCGUUGUUUUUUAUGCUUUGUCUUUGUCUUAGUUGAAAUUUUGUGGUGUAUAUGUAUCUUUAAGAAAAAAACGAUACUAAAUUUGAACCUAGCAAAAGGACGAGAUUGCCUUGCCAUGUGUCUCUACGAUAGAGAGUAUGAUACUCGUAAAGCAUCAGAUCCACCGUCU